AUGAAGGUGGCCAUCAUUGGAGGUGGACCAGCCGGUCUAGCCACCCUCAGGUUUCUUGCUCAUGCACACGAACACUUCCCCAUUCCCCCUAUCGAGGUCCGACUUUUCGAAGCUGAGGCUCAAGUCGGCGGUACUUUUUCUUAUCGCGUCUAUGAAGAUGCCGAGCUCGUCUCAUCCAAGUAUCUGACUGCGUUUUCGGACUUUCGCCUCCCAAACGAUGCCCCUGAUUUUGUGACUCCCCAGGUCUACGUCCAGUAUCUCAAGGACUAUAUCUCUCACUUCAACCUUGGAUCUAUGAUUGAGCUCAAGACAAAGGUCGUCAAAGUCCGCCGCAGACCUGCCAACUUCGGCCAUAUCAUUGACUUGUCCAGCGAGUCUGGCCCCUUUCGUUGGGAAUGCGAUGCUGUAGCUGUCUGCAGCGGCAUCAACGUCAACCCCAUCAUCCCAUACAUUGAAGGUAUCGAACGAAUUGGCACAGUCAUCCACUCAUCUCGUCUCAAGUCUCGAGCUCAGUUCGGUGAGAGCACUAACGUCUACAUCAUGGGCGCUGGCGAAACUGGUAUGGAUCUUGCAUAUCUUGCUGUCACUUCGGCUGCCAAGACUGUCACACUUUGUCACCGCGAUGGCUUCUUUUGUGCCCCAAAGAUUAUCCCGAUGCCUCAAGUCAUGGGUCGUGGAAAAUCCACUAUCCCAAACAAGCCCGUUGAUACUUCAGUCGCUAGCCUGUUCGACACUGCUUAUGUCCAUCCCAAACUCCAGAGAAGCCAACUCCUUUGGACAUACUACGACCGCUGGAUCAAGUACAUGCACAAGAUGAUAUCAGGCACUGAAGAAGGCCCCGAUCAGUGGGUUGGCCAAAUGAGUCCUUCCCGAAAGUACAUGGACUCCAUUCUCCUCUGCAAGUCCGACAAGGCUCUUCCUUACCUCAACGUGGGCAAGCGAUCCAAAUCUUUGGCUAAUCGAAUCCGAUCUUCUUUCAUGAAUGUCAAGAUCAAGGACACCGGGGGCAAGAAGAUCGAUGUAAUGACCUGGCCAGAGAGCAUCGACGUUGACGGGAUCCUCCAGUUCAAGAAGGAGAUUACAGACGACACUACUAUCCCAAAGGAACAGCUCAAGCCCGACGUUCUUGUUUUUGCUACAGGAUACACCCGAGAGUUCCCCUUCUUGGAUAACGACUACCCCAGUGUCUCACAGACCAAUGUUCGAGGCAUUUACAAAGAGGGAGAUGUGACUCUUGGCUACAUUGGAUUCGUCCGCCCUGCGAUUGGCGCCAUCCCUCCCCUUGCCGAACUUCAGGCCCAGCUGUGGGUUCUUCGUCUCCUCCAGCAUGAGUACCCCAACGAGGUACCCGUCACUCGCGAUCCCAACGCUGUCAAGCCUUAUGACCUGGACUAUCAACUUCACCCACGCGGAAGCUACAGCUUCUUUGAAACCAAGCGCGCCGUCGAUCACGAGAGCUACGCCUACCAGCUCGCACUCGACAUGGGCUCUGCACCCCGCGCCCUCCAUGUCAUGAAGAAGGGCUAG